GAAGUUGACGUUUUCCAUUUUCAAUGAGCACAUACGAAUUCUACUGAAUGUACGAAUAUUAGCCGAAUUUAAAACCCGAGAACAAUAUUUGAAUGUUUAUUUAAAAGCAGCACUAAACUGGAAUCAAGUAGUGUCAUUAAGUAAAAUAUAUUCUGUAAUCCGGUUUCCCUUUAUCGGAUUGCCAAACUAACAAAAAUGUCUGAAAGAGAAAGAGAUCCAAUAAGCGGCUCGAGCCGUGACUAUGGGGCUGUGGCGGCGCCCCCAACAGUCGCCUUCGCAGACUUCAGUCCAACAGAGCUGUACAAUCUGAGCGAGGGUAUAGCAGACAAUGUAAACACCAUCAACACAGGGCUCCGGUCUCUCGAAAAGAUGAUGAGGCAGAUUGGUGGACCAAAUGAUAGUGUGGAGCUCAGAGAUAAAAUCCAUGACAAACAACAGAAUGUGAACAGUUCAGUGUCAGCUACCGCGCGCGAUAUACAAAGGCUUGGGGUGGUGGUGAGGAGGGGGGAUAAACCUCAGAAGCUGCAGGUGGAGAGGCUCACCCAGGCGUUCAGAGAUGCGCUGGCAAAGUACUCUUCUGUGCAAAAGCAAGUGUCAGAGAAGAUGGCGGCGCAUAUGCCGACGCAGGCGCGACCCAAGCACGCACCGCUCACGCCGGAGGAGCAGGCCCUGGCUGAUGAUGAGGAGGCGUCUCUGGUGGCCAAUCAACAAGCACAGGCGCGCUUGGUGCAGUUCGAGACGAGCAUGCUGCUGGACAAAGAGGCGUACAUAAACAAGAUAGAGGCGGACGUGUUGGACGUCAACCAGAUUAUGCAGGAGCUGGCGGAGAUGGUCAACGCGCAGGCGCAGACCGUCGACACAGUAGAAGCACACAUAUCGGCGGCCAGCGCGGGGGUAGAAGCUGGUGUCGACGAACUGGCCAAAGCGGCAGAACAUCAGCGGCGGUACCGGAAGAAGAUGUUCUUCUUCUCUCUGAUUGGCAUCAUCCUGGCCAUCAUACUCAUUGUGUGGCUAGUUAAGGCCUUCUCGUAGACUGUGACCUCUCCUGAUCCUGGUCCUGGGGUCAAAUUAUGAAUUGGCCAAAAUAUCCUGGUCACGUGAACGUCCGUGGGAAGAAAUCAUCCCGGUUUACAUGUCAAACGUUCGCGGGAUCUAAAGUUCCCAAUAGAGUGCGGCAAUUUUGCAAAAUGAGACUAAUGUGUAAAAGAUAAAGUAUAUAUUAGAAUGAAGACACUCCGAAUGGUGUAAUGCAUUUUGCCACAGUGAACAUAUAGCUUGGCAACUUCGUUCGUAACACUCCCGAUGGUGUAGCGAUGAAUGAAAAACCCACGACUGAUGCACAUCACUUCCCCGCACGCAUAACACCCGCGCAGUCUUUCCCCCCGUCGCCCGCAUAUCUUGGGAGUUUCAUCUACGAACUUGCCAGACUGUAGUAAUAUACAGACGUAGAGAAGCAUCAUUUUUUUUCUUGCGGGUGCUAGCCCUUAAUUCUGGGCGUGUAAAACAUAUUCGGAAAUUGUAUUGAUACAAUUUAAUUGAUGGACGUUCAAGGUGGCACUAGAGUCAAUUUAGACAUGUAAAUUGCCUAAAAACCCUUCUUGAAAUAGGGUAAAAAGAUCCUGGUCACGAUUCCAGAGCCAAUUUAGAAUUAUAUAUUGGCCUAAGAAAUCCUGGCCAUGUGUCUUGAGAUAAUUUAGUAAUAUGAAUUAGCCAAAAAGAUCCUGGUCACGAUUCUAGAGCCUAAAAAAAAUCUGAAUUAGCUAACACAGCAGAAAAUUUACCAACUUUAAUUAAACGAAGUUUAUGAUUAUAUCUAUAAGGUAAUAAGAACUGAAUGUCGUGUCUUUCAACAAAAUUACCAACAAUUUAAUUUGGGUGAUAAAGAUAAGCAGAGUUUAUUUUUUUUUUUUUUCAAUUAGUCCGUUAGUCUGUUUACGUUAAUCUCUUAACUACCCGACGAAUUUUUAGUCUAGAAAAUAUAUAAUCGAAUCUUGUCUUUCAUGAAAUCGGUUAGAAUUUUACUUUUUAUAAACGGCUUAGAAAUAUAUAAUAUUCAUUCCAACUUAUGUACCUAUAUAAUUUUUUUUGGAGUUUACUCCUUAAGAAUCGAUUUUUUAUAUAUAAGGCGCCCGGUAUGAGAAAAAUCCGAGGGGUAAAACCAACUGAACUAACGAAAAAGUGUCACGUUUUUGGUGCGCACCUUUAGUGCGCAACUUUCUAAUUUAUUUUAAUGAUUAUAUCAUUGUAAGAGUAAAAUAUAUAAUGUGAAGUAUAUUAUAAAGUCUAUUAGUUAUUUUACAAUUCUAUAAAUUUAGUCUUCUUUAACAUAAGUAUUACUAAAGCCCUACUCGAUGUACACUGUUUACCAACAAAAAAAAGUGUGUAUGUUAAAAAAAACAAAAAGUUAGCUCGAAGCACGUCUCAAUAAUCGCGCCUUAUAAGUGAAAGGUGCGCAACCGAGGUGCAGCAGGCCGCGGCAUGCGCACCCGCCUACAGCGUGCACAUGGGUGCGAUGUGCAAGUUGUUGGCGGCACAGCGCACGGUGAAAGGUGCGCAGAAUAGGUUGCGCACAAAAAACGUGACGCUGACACACUUUUUUUUAUCUCUGAUUAUAUAUUCAGAGGCACAAUUAUCCGCCCACUUUAGUAUAACGCGAGUGGGCGGAUAAUUGUGCCUCUGAGUAUAUUUAUUAAAUAUGUAAACAAGCAACUGAUUUGAGGUUUACACUUUUCCACGACAUUUUGUUUGUUCUAAGACAAUUUAGUCGCAGAAUAAAUAAACACUUAUUCAUGUAUAUAGUUUUGUAUUUGUCAGUGUAUAACUUUUGUCGGCUUAGUGUAAUAUAAGCCUUAUUAGCAUUGAAUUUAGAAACUAUAAUGAAAUUAUAGGAAUAAAAUAUUAUAUUAUGAAUUAUUUGUUAUAAAGCGCCAUAUUUUCGAUAGAGUUAGGAGAGAUUGAGAAAUUGUUGCUUAGUAAUUUAAAGUUUUAAAAUAACAUAAAGCUAUUUUUGAGCAAAAUAAAACAAAUGCUAACUACCUACAUAAAUAGCUUAAUUGUUUAUUUAAAUUGGGUUUUUUCAUCUAUGAAAUAGGCGUUAAGAAGUUGACUACAGUGACUUAUGUUUGGGUAGAAUAUAUUAUACAUAUAAAUAAUCAUAAUCAUCCCAUAAUCUAUACUAAUAUUAUAAAGCUGAAGAGUUUGUUUGUUUACUUGAACGCGCUAAUCUCAGGAACUACUGGUCCGAUUUGAAAAAUUCUUUUAGUGUUGAAUAGCCCAUUUAUCGAGGAAGGUAAUAGGCUAAUUAUUAUUCAAAACUAAUUUGAAUUAUUUUAAAAAAAAAAUUCUAGGGUGACCAAUACCAAGUCAAUACAAAUGACUGCAUUUGGGUUUUACCCAUUAAUUACGGAACACUCUGUAUAUUGUAUGUGUAUUCAUUAUCUCUCGUUGAUAUGGCGCUUUAUAGGUAACUUUGUACCUCUGGAGAAGCUAUUAUGAAUUUUAAUUAACUUCAUUUGAUAUUAGAACCUAUUGUACUGUACAUAAAGUUCAAAAUUAAAUUUAAAUAAAAAUACUUUAUCGAUUGUGGAACACUAUUCUAUAAUGAUAUUUUUGUAACUCGACAGUGUUAAUCUUCAUUUCGGGUCUAUAUAUCUCUCUCUAUCUAUAGCAUCGUGUUAGACAGAGAUAGUUAUAGAAGAUCAAACUCACUGUUGAAUUGGCUAGUUGUAUUUUUUUUAAAUGGUUUUCAAUAGUCCAUUAUCGUUCUACUAGAUUGAAAAAAAAUCAUAUUUUUUUCGAGACAUGAUAAGUUUUUAAAUACAUUUUUGACAAUACGAGCCAAAACGCCUGUCGGCCAUGAUGGUCUAUAUUUCAACUGAUUUAUGACGUCACUGUAACAAAUACCUUGCAAACAGAACGUUUGCCAAAAAUGUUAAGUAACAAUUCGUUUGACAUUUAGUACGUCAAGUAAUUUUGUGACGUCACAAAAUAAAUGGAGGACAGCGUUUUUGAUGUAUUUUCUAUUAUUUAUUUAUUACCCCAAAUAAAUAACAGAUGAGUACUAUUUAUCUAUAUCGUCCGUUACUAUAGAGAGCCGUGAUAACCCAGUGGAUAUGACCUCUGCCUCCGAUUCCGGAGGGUGUGAGUUCGAAUCCGGUCCGGGACAUGCACCAACUUUUCAGUUGUGUGCAUUUUAAGAAAUUAAAUAUCACGUGUCUCAAACGAUGAAGGAAAACAUCGUGAGAAAACCUGCAUACUGGUAAGUUUGCCAAUCCGCAUUGGGCCAGCGUGGUGGACUAUUGGCCUAACCCCUCUUAUUCUGAGAGGAGACUCGAGCUCAGCAGUGAGCCAAAUAUGGGUUGAUAAUGAUGAUGAUUAUUUAUCUAUAGUUUAGAAAAUAAAAUUCAUAAUAGCACUCUACUUAAAACUUAUUAUAUCUACUUAUAACUUAUUCCUAGUUAUUUAUUGUGUAACACAAUUUUGUAUAUUGAAUAUUAUUGUAUUUAAUAUAAUAUUAUAAAGCUGAAGAGUUUGUUUGUUUGUUUGUUUGAUUGAACGCGCUAAUCUCAAGAACUACUGUUCCGAUUUGAAAAAUUCUUUCAGUGUUAGAUAGCCCAUUUAUCGAGGAAGGCUAUAGGCUAUAUAUUACCCCCAUAUUCCUACGGGAACGGGAACCACGCGGGCAAAACCGCGCGGCGUCAGCUAGUUUAAUAUAUUUAAGACUGUCAAUAAUGUAUCAUAUUACUAGAUAAUUAAAAUAUUUAUGUUAUUAAGUUUUUCUAGAAGUGAAAAUUGUUUGUUAUUAUUGUUUUACGAAUAUAUCGCUUUAUUAUGUGUAGUUAUGAUUAAAGAUAUUUUAUAAAUAAAACCGUA